UAAGUCUACGAGGGUUAGUGAUAACAUAUCCGCCAUGAAGAUUCUGAUCGUCUUAGCAGCGCUGGGUGUGUGCUCAGCCUUCCACCACUACAACAAGUACGACACCAACAAUAACUACUACAGCUCUUCGCCUUACUAUGGUAGCAGCUACAGAGGUAAUAAUUACUACAGGACGUCUCUGCGAGGCCUCAACGGCCGCUUCAUAGGUGCUACAACUCCUGCCCCAGCUUACAACUACGUAUCCACUCCUGCAUCGGCCUACAACUACGUAUCCACUCCUGCAUCGGCCUACAACUACGUAUCCACUCCUGCAUCGGCCUACAACUACGUAUCCACUCCUGCGUCGGCCUACAACUACGCAACAACGCUGGCGCCAACAUACAAUUACGCAACAACUCCAGCUUCGGCCUACAACUACGCAUCCACGCUGGCGCCGACUUACAACUACGCAACCACAGCUACAUCAGCAUUCAGGCCGUCCACUUACUUAGGAUCAUCUCCAUCCUCUCUGGGACAUUACUCCGUUUCAAGUUCCACUCCAGGUUACUUUCAGCCUCCGUCCUACUCCACCUCCGGUUCCUACGUCACUCCCUCUCCGUUAGGCCUAUACGGCAGUAGUCUGUUGUCCCGGAAUCCAUACCAAUUAGGUACUACUUCUUACGGCAAUGGUUACAGUGUCACCCCAGCAGUCUUGACCCAUCACUCUGCACAGUCGAUUUAUCCCCAGAAUACUGUGACCUACAACCCCUACAACGUCCUGGCUUCCUCCCCCUACAGCAGAGUGAACUCCUACUCUCACUCCGUGCCCUCCAACAUCGUCGUCUCGAACGGGUACGUCCAGGACACUCCCGAAGUGGCGGCCGCCAAGGCGGAGUUUUUCCGCUCCUACAAUUCAGUGGCUGCCGCUUCUGGUAACCACAGGUACUACAACUAUGCUUGCGCCUUCCAGUUGCACGACAUCUUCUGGGAGACUGUUCCACAGUCCAACGGUGUGAGGAAUAAAGCACCUCUGGAACUGAGAAAUAAAGAACGUCUGGAACUGAGAAAUAAAGGACCUCUGGAUCAAUUCGACGACAGCAACGCCAUGAAGACUCUGGUUGUUUUGGCAGUGAUGGGACUGUGCUCGGCCCUUCCCCGUCAGGCCCAUGACAGCAGUAGCAGCAGCAGCGACAGGAGGUUCUCGAGACAAUCCUACGAUGGAGAUCUAGACCAACCAGCGGGCGCCAAGGGUAGAAUCAACUCUGUUGCAGAUCCUUACGAUAUGGCUCCCGCCCUGAGCAAUUUCCUGGAUGCUUACAAGAGGCAGCUUGCAGUCCUGAGCCACGCCACCAGUUACGAUCCCUCUCCUGACUAUGGCCAAGAAACUACUACUUACGACGUAGUUCAGCAGGCUUCUCAUAAUCCUGUUUCAUCUCCUGCUCGCACUAUAGCUCACGGUCACCCUUUCUCUGCUGACAGUCUUCCUCAAAGUCAGGCUUACAACGCUCCUGAUGGUCUCCCUAUUAACAUUCACGCUCGGGCUAUUGAGAACUAUGCUCCCCCUGCUCACCACCUCAUUCCCAAGACUCACGCUGCCCCAGUUCACCCCUCGGCAAGACGCGCUCCAGCUCACACGACCUUCCAGGGCCCUGUUCAGUUCAAAGCGCCCACUCAGGCAAGUUUCCACGGCCCCGCCGGAGGAGCAUUUCCAGGCUACUCUGGCCCAGCGCCGACGUCCUACGAGCAGGCUGGCUCCGCGCCCGACGACGCCUACAACUUCGUGACUCCGUCUCGCAUCGUGGUGCACAACGGCUACGUCCAAGACACCCCCGAGGUUGCGGCCGCCAAGGAAGAGUUUUACAGCAUCUUCAACCUGCAGGCGGCAGCCGCUGCGGCAGCUCCUGACGACUACGACUACUACGAGAGCAACGACUACGGCGUCACCAAAGGGAAGUCGAAGAACGCUGCGCGCUAUUACUAA